GCCCACACACCCUUUUCUCCGGAACGCCAUCCCACACAAAGCACAAGCCAACAUGGGAUUUGACCUCAAGAUUCGUCUGCGCAGCUACUUCGACAAGAGCCAGCCGCUGCUCGGCGCCUUCAAGUAUAUAUGGACGACCUACAGAUCCAAUGAGCAGACACCGGGACCGGGACCCUCAAUCCAGCGCCGCGCCUUUGCGAAGUGGUUCACAGAUGUUGCACCCCACUUCAUCGCCUUCGAAGAAACCACCUCUCUCCCCUCCCUCGCCGCCGCCGCACACGGCACCGUCCUCGAACUCGGCCCCGGCGCAGGCAACCAACUGCAGCGCUACAACCGCGACCAAAUCACCACCAUCUACGGCGUGGAGCCCAACGCGGCAUUCCGCGAGCCGCUCCGCGCGAAGAUCGAGCAGCUCCACCUUGACGCCAUCUACGUCCCCGUGUUCUGCGAUGUCAUGGACACGGCCGCUCUCGAGAGACAGGGCAUCGUGGAUGGCAGCAUCGACUGCGUGACGAGCUUCGGGGUGCUGUGCUCCGUGGAUCGGCCGGAGGAGGUGGUUGCGCGGCUUUGGCGGUUGUUGAGGCCAGGGGGGGAGUUGGUCGUGUGGGAGCAUGGGGCGAGUGAGGACUGGGUUACUUGGGGGGUACAGAAGGUUUGGAAUUUGCUUUGGCCGGUGGCGUUGGAUGGAUGUCGGUUGGAUCGUAAGAUGGAGGAAAUUCUACUCACAUCGGCGGAGUGGGAGGUUCUGGAUUUGAGGCGUGAAGGAGAAAAGUGGAGUAUGAUGCCCAGAGUAUCGGGGGUGCUGAGGAAAGUGCAGCGUGAUUGAGGAUUCGGAGGAGUUGAUUGUAUGGCUACCUAGUUUGUCGCUCAUGUUGGUUGCUAUGCUCAAUAGCGAGCUGUGGUGGGAGAAAUAGCAUAGUAGUAUG